AAAAAGUAAAAAAAAAAAAAAAAAAAAAAAAUUGCUCUUUUCGAUUUUUAAAAGGUAAUGUUUAGUUGCCAAAGAUUAUCUCUUGUUUCUGUUUGUAAACGAUUUUAUGCAACGAAACCGUGGAGUUAUAAAGAAGCUUUAGCAUGGCAGCAAGCUUUCGAUCAACACAAAAUUCCGCAGGAUCACAUCUCCAUUCAAUUCAGUAGGAGUAGUGGACCAGGGGGUCAGAAUGUCAACAAAGUGAAUACAAAGGUCGAUUUACGACUGUCAUUGUCAAAAGCCAAAUGGAUUCCCGAAUAUGCAAUAGAAAAUAUAAAAAAGUCAACUCAACUACGGAAGAAUAAACUGAACGAACUCAUCGUGACAUCGGACAAGAGUCGAUCGCAAGCGAAAAAUAUACAAGAUUGUUAUGAUAAACUUGUAGCUAUUAUUAAAGAUGCAGUUGCAGUAACAAAAGAGCCGGAUGAAGCCACUUUAUUAAGAGUAAAAAAGCUGCGUGAAAUAGAAGAUCAAAAUCGUAAAGACUUAAAGAAGAGGCAUUCGAAAAAGAAACAAGAUCGACGAUGGAAAGGCAACGAUGUUUAACCCUUGUUGACCCAU